CGACAUUUUAUAUUCUUCGUAUUACUACUCUCCAUUUCAAACACAAACUACUUCCUCUUUCUAGGGUUUCGAAGGGAAAACUUUCAGAGAACCCCAGAGGGCACCCUACCCUAACACUAAUUGCAGGGUUCUUGCAGCUCUCACAACAAGUUUAUUGGGCUUAUUUGAUUCACGUGAUUCAAUUUUGUUUUUCCGGGGAACAAAUAAAAGACAGGAAAUCAUUUUAUUUUAGCGGAUUCGGCAACGUUGUGGAUCUUCAUUUUGAUGCAAUUUCUAUGUUGAUUUCACGUUUCUGGGUUUUAGUUCAUGGUGUUUGGUAAAUGCUGAAUGAUUGCUAGUAUGGACUUAAAUGCUUCGCCAGUACCUGAAGAUGAUGAAGAGACAUAUGAAAGCCAUAUAGAACGUUACUCUGCACUAGAAGAACAUGUAGAAUCUGGAGUUGAAAUUUCACGACGGGAACGUGAAGAAAGACGAAAGAGACUGAAAAGAGACCGAUCAGAUGACCGUCCAGUGCAUGUCUCCCAGCCCCCUGUACAUGAUGAAUUUUAUCAAAAUAGGAAUUCCAGGUCUUAUGAUAAAAGUAGGCUCCCUCCUGGUUGGCUGGAUUGUCCAUCAGCUGGUCAGGAAAUAGGCUUUAUUAUUCCUUCUAAGGUUCCUCUUGGUGAGGCUUAUAAUGACUGUAUUCCUCCUGGUAAAAGAUACUCUUUUAAACAAGUGAUUCAUCAGCAAAGAGUUUUAGGAAGAAAGCUUGGUUUGGUGAUUGAUUUAACAAACACAUCGCGUUACUAUCAAACUACAGACCUGAAGAGAGAAGGCAUUAAGCAUGUAAAGAUCCAAUGCAGGGGAAGAGAUGCUGUGCCUGAGAAUGUGGCUGUAAAUACCUUUGUUUACGAGGUGUCACAGUUUCUUCUACGUCAAAAAUCGAAGAAAUAUAUUCUUGUUCACUGUACACAUGGGCAUAACCGCACUGGAUACAUGGUUAUUCACUAUCUCAUGCGAUUACAAUCAAUGUCUGUUACUCAGGCAAUAAAAAUUUUCUCUGAGGCACGCCCUCCAGGAAUCUACAAACCUGACUAUAUUGAUGCUCUGUAUGCAUUUUAUCAUGAAAGAAGGCCUGAAAUGGUUGUAUGCCCUCCGACACCUGAGUGGAAGAGGUCUUCUGACCUUGAUCUCAAUGGUGAUGCAGUCGCGGAUGAUGAUGAUGAUGAUGGAGGUCCAGCCGCAUUACCUGAGAAUCAUGAAACUGAUUUAGCGUUGACAAAUGAUGACAUUUUGGGAGAUGAAGUACCUCGUGAUCAGCUGGAAUCAAUGCGAUCAUUUUGCUACCAAACAUUGAAGUUAAAUGUUGGGUGUAGAGGACAUUCACAAUUUCCUGGAUCACAUCCAGUUUCACUGAACAGGGACAAUCUACAACUUUUAAGGCAACGUUAUUAUUAUGCCACUUGGAAAGCUGAUGGAACACGAUAUAUGAUGUUAAUAACUGUUGAUGGUUGUUAUUUAAUUGAUAGGAGUUUUAGUUUCCGAAGGCUUCAGAUGAGGUUUCCAUGCAGACACCCAAAUGAAGUUAUAGGGGACAGAACUCAUCAUUUCACAUUGCUUGAUGGGGAAAUGGUAAUAGAUACCUUACCAGACUCACAAAGGCAAGAGAGAAGAUAUCUCAUCUACGAUAUGAUGGCAAUUAAUGGCAUUUCCAUCGUAGAGCGACCUUUCUAUGAACGGUGGAAAAUGCUGGAAAAAGAAGUUAUUGAGCCUCGAAAUUAUGAGCGGCAGAACAUUUACCAGAGCAGGAAUCCUUAUUAUCGAUAUGACCUUGAACCCUUCAGGGUUCGGAGGAAGGAUUUUUGGCUGCUGUCCACCGUAAAUAAGGUUUUGAAGGAAUUUAUCCCCAGGCUCUCUCAUGAGGCAGAUGGUCUUAUUUUUCAGGGUUGGGAUGAUCCCUAUGUACCUCGCACUCAUGAAGGUCUUCUGAAGUGGAAAUAUGCUCGGAUGAACUCUGUUGACUUUCUAUUUGAGAUUGGCAGUGAUGAUCGCCAACAACUUUUUCUCUAUGAACGGGGAAAAAAGAAGUUGAUGGAAAGGGAUACAGUUGAAUUCAGAGAUGUUUCUGAUCCUCUGUCUUCUUUCAAUGGGAAGAUUAUAGAGUGUUCUUGGGAUCCUGAUCAACAGAUGUGGGUCUAUAUGCGGAUCAGGACAGAUAAGUCGACUCCAAACGAUUUCAAUACUUUCAAGAAGGUAAUGCGAAGUAUAAGGGAUAAUAUCACAGACGAAAUCUUAUUGAAUGAGAUUAAUGAGAUAAUUCGAUUGCCCAUGUAUGCCGAUAGAAUAAGAUUGGACAGCAAGGCUUCAGCACGACGCAAGUGAUGGUCGGUUGUGCUGUUGACUGGGUGUGCUGUGGUUGUUUAUGUUAGUGAGUUGGGCGCAUAAUGGGGCAGUAAUAUUGACGGUGAUGCAUCAGGUGGGUGGCUUUGAUAUGAUGUAUUGUAACGAAAAUCUGUGCUAAGUGAUCCAGGCAGUGGAAGAAUAGUUGAAUAGUUACGCGAGGCUGAGUGUUGAGUUGAGGAUUUUUUUUUUUUUUUUUUUUUUUUUUUUUAUAGUUGGCCAGAUGAUUUAGCAUUGCAGUUUGCAUGCAUUUAGGGUUAACCAAUGUAUAUUAUUGUUUAUUGUUUUAUUUUAAUAUUUUUCUUCCUUGCCUAGUUGUAGUGGGUCUCGUGAUCAUUUCAAUUAAAUUAUGUUUGGAAAAUCUUUCA